CAUUAUUGCAAUAGUGCGCCCCACCAUAGUGCCUCGGUUUUUUUUUACUACAGGCUCCAUGGAUUUGCGAAUGCAAGUUUUCACGUAGCCUAACCAAAAAGCACAAUAAUAAAACGAGAAAAAUGUCGGAGCACUUGGAGAUGCAGCAUCUCGUUGACUGCGAAGUAGAGUACGAAAAUUCCUCGAGUUAUCGUUUGACCAGGAAGACGUCGAAAUGUCGUUCGUGUCCGUACUUGGGAUUGGUAUUGGCGACAUUGUCGUCACUUUUUUUUUCGUUGUGCAGUGUGAUAGUGAAAGGACUAGUGGAAGUGAACCCGAUGGAAUUGGCAGCGUUUAGAUUCGUCGGUGUAUUAUUACCGGCGAUACCAAUCGUUAUUUGGAAGGGCGAAGAUCCAUUUCCCAAAGGUCGAAGAAUAAUGUUGAUAUUGAGAAGUUUUGUCGGUACAACGGGACUCAUGUUAAGUUUCUACGCAUUUCGGCAUAUGCCCUUAGCAGACGCAUCGGUUGUUGUGUUUUCUGUGCCUGUAUUCGUUGCAAUAUUUGCAAGAAUAUUUCUUAAGGAACCGUGCGGAUUAUUCAACGUUAUAACUGUGUGUUUGACCCUCGUCGGCGUUGUCCUCAUCACCAGACCUCCCCUGAUAUUUGGUCAUGCUGUAGAGUCCCUUUCAGACAGCCACGUACGUACAGAACAAGCGGACCUCUGGGGAGCCGUUGCUGCAUUUUCAGCAACUCUCUUCGGUGCCAACGCCUAUGUACUUCUGAGAGCUCUCAAAGGGCUUCACUUUUCUGUCAUAAUGACGAAUUUUGGAUCUUUUGCUCUCAUCCAAACAAUCACGGUCACCUGGGCCAUUGGUGCUCUCUGCUUACCACGCUGCGGUACUGACAGACUCCUCGUUGUUGCGCUAGCUCUCUUCAGCUUCGGCGGACAAAUCUUACUCACAUUGGCGCUACAAAUGGAACAGGCCGGCCCUGUCGCUAUUGCUAGAUCUGCUGAUAUUGUCUUUGCCUUUUUCUGGCAGGUUUUAUUCUUCAAUGAAAUUCCCAACAGAUACUCCGUGGGUGGGGCUGUUCUAGUUACCAGCUCCGUUCUCCUAACAGGACUCAGGAAAUGGGUCGUCUCACUGCCCGAAACUUCAAACAUCAGAAAGUCACUCGGUAUCCUAGCUAUUUAAGGAACUGAAAGAAUUCAGUAUGAAGUCAAACAAGGAUUCAUUGUUUUUUUUAAUGUUUGUGCGGCUCUGAUGAAGCAAGAAAUCGGAUGAAUUACUCUUUUCCUAAUGUCUCUUUAUCUUUUUUUUAUCCACACUCGUGAGUUUUCAAAAUCUUUGAGUCCUUCUCUUCCGAUACUUCUUCCGCUAUGCGGCUGCUACCAACUAAACUCCCAGUUCAUUCGCAGUUGCAGGACUAAAAAUACUGAGAAAGGCACCUCUGUAAUUAUCACCAGGCAGUAGCCGCAGAUCGGAAGAGUAUUUUGCGCACGAAUUCACGAAAGCGAAAUCAGCUGAAACUCACUUGCUCCGAUGUUCUCGCUACUCCUGUGUUUAGAUUUUAUUAUGCAAUUUUCGCGUUGUGCGGCCUGGAAACUGUUGCCAAUUUAUUAAGGCUUUGAUGAAGCAUAAAAAUGAAUUUGCAUAUUCAACUCAGUAUUUUGGGGCAUGAAUAUUCUCAAGGAAUAUGAUUACCGCUCCUGCAUGAAUCGAUAAAAGUUGUAUGUCGAUGUAUUAGUUUAUGAAAUGCUAUUUCAUUUGUUUAAACUCCGAGUAAUAUUAUUGAAAGUCAAAUAGGUAAUUUAUUAGCUGACACGAAGCCUCAAUCGACGAAUGUCUAGAUAUAAAAUCUAUCAAAGAUCUCGGUUAUUGAGGAAGUGCUUCGGUUUUUCCUGUCCUGAAGUGGAUCAGGCUUUUCAGAGUGAAAUGAAUUCAAAUUACUCAAUACUUUUAAUAAAUUUCUCGUCCACGGGCGUCAAAGUGAGCAAUAUUAAGCACCAAAACAUUGACACAUUCGAUGGACGAAUUUAGUCAUUUUGUGCAUUCUUUGUGUUCCAUAAGUUGUUCUGAAUCGGCCGAUUUUUUCACGAUACACAACUAAGUGAAUUUCGAAAUCUUUUGUUUUGACGUUCGAAUCUCGUACGCUUGAAUAACCACGAGAAAAACGAAUAAUUGUGCGAAAUUAAAUUAAUGCGAAGAUUUACGAAGGCGAAGAACGAUUCACGCGAUGCGAAGGAGUUGUAAUGUGAUAUAACCCUACUUAUUAAAUUCUUUUCAGACUGAACCCUAACUUAUUGAUACUCUUAACAAUAAAUUUAAAGAAAAGAAGAAAAAACGAAAAAUAAUAAGCAAAUAAUGAUAACGUAUCAGUCGAAUCGACAGAAUAUCUCUUACGAAAACUAGUCCGCCUGUUACCAAAUAUAGAGCAAUAAUUGAAUUGAAUUUGAGGGAAAGAAAUAAACACGAUUUGCUGUUCAUAGGAUUUAAUAUAAUUAUUACUGAGAUAUUGAGGUUACUGCUGUAUCAGAUUUGAGAACGAUAAGCAUGAGUGAAAAAUUGUCGGCGGAGUAUUAUGGCCUCACGAGUUUGUAUUUUUUCUCGAAAGCCGCUGAAACGCGUGAACAAAGGUUGUCGCGGAAAUUGCUAAUUUUCCGCCAGAAUGAGAUAACGAGAUGUUUCAAUCAUAGGUUAAUAAGAAUAAAAAAAAGGGCGUUUAAAUUGUAAUGUUAAUAUGCAACACGACGAUUGACGAAGCUGUUGAACAAGCUGAGUACCAAAAAACAACACCAACUUUUUUAGCGACGACGUUAGAUCAUUAAAUUUUACAAAUAGACUUUUUGUAUUACGAUCUUCGCUGAUGUUGGUGCUCUUCUACUACUUUUGAGCUUCGAAAUCGUCGGUUCAUUCGUUUGAGACUCGCGCAAAUUUGUUUAAAACAAUCAUUUUAUUCCGCAAUAAGCUUCCCCUGUGUAAUCAACGUUUCAACCACUUUCCUAAUAAUCCGUAUUUAUCAUUGUCAUAUCCUUGCGAAUAAACGUUUUUACGAAUUAAGUACACUUGUAAAUAUAUUUAUGAUUCUCGUCAGCGUUUCAAGACGGACAAAUGCAUCAAACAAUCACGUUUUACUGCGGACAAACAAGUUGAAUGGAAAAUCGUGUGAAAAAUCGAAAAACGUGGCUGGAAACACGAGAAAUAAAAAAAACAGUUUAGCUUAUAAAA